GUUCUUUUUCGCGCACGCGCCUUAGGGCCGGUCUUCUUUCGACCCCUUGCUGCUCCGUACCGGAGUUAGUGGCUGGACCUCCUGCUACCUCGUGUAAAGAUGCUACCCUUCCCUUUGUUCUGGGCAACACGGCCUCUGCAGAGAUGUGGUCAGCUGGCCAAGAUGGCUACUCAGGCCCAGCACAGGAAGGCAGCCCAGACUCGGACUGGAGAGGCGACUCAGGGCUGGACUGGCCAAGAGAGUCUCUCCGACAGUGACCCUGAGAUGUGGGAGCUGCUACAGAAAGAGAAGGACAGGCAGUGCCGCGGCCUGGAGCUCAUUGCCUCAGAGAACUUCUGCAGCCGAGCUGCGCUGGAGGCCCUGGGGUCCUGUCUGAACAACAAGUACUCGGAGGGUUAUCCUGGCAAGAGAUACUAUGGAGGAGCAGAGGUAGUGGAUGAAAUCGAGCUGCUAUGCCAGCGCCGUGCCUUGGAAGCCUUUGACCUAGAUCCUACACAGUGGGGAGUCAAUGUUCAGCCCUAUUCGGGGUCUCCAGCCAACCUGGCUGCCUACACAGCCCUUCUGCAACCUCAUGACCGAAUCAUGGGGCUGGACCUGCCCGAUGGGGGCCAUCUCACCCAUGGCUACAUGUCUGAUGUCAAGCGGAUCUCUGCCACAUCCAUCUUCUUCGAGUCUAUGCCCUACAAGCUCAAUCCCCAAACUGGCCUCAUAGACUAUGACCAGCUGGCACUGACGGCUCGACUUUUCCGACCACGGCUCAUAAUAGCUGGUACCAGUGCUUAUGCUCGCCUCAUUGACUACGCCCGCAUGAGAGAGGUUUGUGAUGAGGUCAAGGCACACCUGCUGGCAGACAUGGCCCACAUCAGUGGCUUGGUGGCCGCCAAGGUGAUUCCUUCACCUUUCCAGUAUGCAGACAUUGUCACCACUACCACUCACAAGACACUUCGAGGGGCCAGGUCAGGACUCAUCUUCUACCGGAAAGGGGUACAGGCUGUGGACCCCAAGACUGGCCAGGAGAUCCCUUACACAUUUGAGGACCGAAUCAAC